CGGACACAAAGAAGGCGGAACCUUACUAGAGAACAGGAAGACGACACUGACAGACAAGAAGAUUUGAUACAGAAAGCCGGUCAUUUCUGAGGAAUUAUUUAAGUGAAGCAGCGUACCCACGGCUGUUACAAGAAUGAAACUUUCAAUUGUCUGCUGUCUUCUUCUAUAUUGUAUUGCUGCAGUCUUUGCAGGGCGAGAUUUUUAUAAGAUCUUGGGUGUCAGCAAGUCUGCAUCAGUCAAAGACAUCAAGAAAGCCUACAGAAAGCUGGCCCUACAACUUCAUCCUGACAGAAAUCAAGAUGACCCAGAUGCCCAGGACAAAUUUGCUGAUCUCGGCGCUGCUUAUGAGGUGUUGUCGGAUGAAGAGAAGAGGAAACAGUACGACGCUUACGGAGAGGAGGGGCUGAAGGAGGGCCAUCACGGUUCUCAUGGAGAUAUCUUCUCAAGUUUCUUUGGUGAUUUUGGGUUCAUGUUUGGAGGACAAAGACCACAACAGGACCGGAAUAUUCCAAGGGGAAAUGACAUCAUUCUAGACCUUGAGGUUACCCUUGAAGAAGUGUAUUCUGGGAACUUUGUAGAGGUUGUGCGAAAUAAGCCAGUAGCCAAAGAAGCACCAGGCAAAAGAAAGUGUAACUGCCGCCAGGAGAUGAGAACCACCCAGCUGGGUCCAGGGAGGUUUCAGAUGACACAGGAAGUUGUCUGUGACGAGUGCCCCAACAUUAAGCUUGUCAACGAGGAAAGGACACUGGAGGUGGAGAUUGAACAAGGUGUUAGGGAUGAAAUGGAAUAUCCUUUCAUUGGUGAAGGUGAACCCCACAUUGAUGGAGAGCCAGGCGACCUACGUUUUCGUAUCAAAGUUCUGAAGCAUCCAUUGUUUGAGCGUAGAGGUGAUGACUUGUACACCAAUGUCACCAUCUCUCUCGUGGAAGCUCUGGUCGGAUUUGAGAUGGACAUCACACACUUGGACGGUCAUAAAGUCCACAUUGUGAGAGACAAGAUUACCAAGCCUGGGGCCCGAAUCUGGAAGAAAGGAGAGGGACUUCCCAACUAUGACAACAUCAACAUGCGCGGCUCUUUAAUUGUGACCUUUGAUGUAGAGUUUCCACGGGAACAGCUUGAUGACAAUCAGAAAGAAGGAGUGAAGCAUCUGUUGAAACAACCCCCUUUCCAGAAGGUUUACAAUGGACUACAAGGAUACUGACACCUUAUCAGAUAGCAUCUGGACUGAUUUCCUUAUUCUCGCUCUCUCUCUUCCAAACACACAGACACAGACACACAGACACACAGACACACAGACACACAGACACACAGACACACAGACACACAGACACACAGACACACAGACACACAGACACACACAGACAGACACACACAGACAGACACACACACACAGACACACACACACAGACACACACACACACACACACACACACACACACACACACACACACACCGAGGAUUAAGUGUCGGAGUGUAUUUAUUAUUUUCUUUGGGUCUCAGGAUGGUUUAACUUAAUGUGUCUUUUUUUUUAUUUUUACUUUGAGUUUGUUUUUGAGUUUGUUUUUAAAGUUUGUUUUCCUACCACAUUGAAUUGGAUAUAUUUUCUUUCCUUUUAUGUUCAUUUUAUUUUGUGAUGUCUGAAAUGUCACCAUCAAUACACAAAUACAAAGUCCAUUUGUAAAUAAUGUAUGAAAAUUUCAAGUCCCUCUGUAGAUGUUGAGAUUUUUCAUCUCAGACAUAUCCUUGUCAUAUUGUUUAUUCUAAAGCCGUCAAUCUUUGCACUCUGUCUGAAUUUUGCAGAGGUUGGAUUAUCUCUCUCUGUGUUUUCUUUGGACUAACACUUUUGUAUGAAGACCUUGCAACGUCUUAUCCUCCUCCAUUUUUUGAAUGUAAAGUUAUUGAGAAGGAUUGGAACUCCACACGAUGAUUAUAUUGUUGCUGCCUGAUGAAUUCACACAGUUUUCGCUACAGUUGGAAUUCCACUGUCCCAGCUUUUUUUUGAGUACUUGAGUUUUGACCCAACGAAUACAUUUUUGAACCGUUUGCUGCUCUCUCUCUCUCAGUGCUGGUUGGAAGAGACCUGAGAAGCUGGACUUUAACAACCUCAGAGACUGGAUAAGGAUCGUCACUCUGUCUUUCCCCCCCAACCCCAUGUUUUCCAUAAUCUCUGAAAGCAUCCAUCUUGUGCACCUCUACAUGUAGUGGCUGGUUAGCACCCUCUCUGGUGCUCCUGGACUCCUUCACCAGGGACUCACGUGACAGGUUUUUUUAAAAGGAAUAUUUUAGUGGGAAGGGAAAGGGUGAUUUUCAAAUGAGAAAUUCAAUUAAAAGUUUAUAGUAACUUUGAAUGUUGGGUUUGUUUGGAUGCCACUGGUGAUCAUUUGUUCCUGUAUCCUGUAUAAUAAUUUGUUUACAGUAUUCUGUAACCGUA